CGAGACUCGUGUGCACAUAUUGUCUUUUGAGAGCCUAUUUUUGGACGCCGUCUCGUGCCGGCGCGAUGCCGCUGACGCACUCGAUGUCGUCGCGCGGGCUCAUGGGCCUCGGGUCGAAGCGGAGCCCCAAGAAGCUGGACCUCACAAGUGCCGGCGGUGACCUCGUGACGCGCGAGGCGUCGACUGUCACGGGGUUUCUCCUCGACAUCCUCGAGACCGCCGCCAAAACCAAGGACACGGCGCCGGCAAAGGUCCCGAACGCACUCCUCCGACGCAACUCGCCCGUGAAGCUCACGCGAGGCCUCUCACGCACCGCGUCGCCAGCCUACUUGGCCAUGCCCAUGACUGAUCCUCACGGCGACAUGGGCACGGACGUUCCAGCGAUUGUCGAGCUGCUUACCAAGCAGCGCUAUUGUCUUGAUGCGCAAAUGAAGGGCAUUGGCCAGCUCCUUCGACGCCUCCGGCAUGACGAUGCGGCGACGUACCAAGCGUUUGCGUCCCUGGGUGGCCUCGCGCUGCUGCUGCUCGCGAUGCGAGAGUUUCGCUUUCACGCGCCGCUUCAGACGGAAAUUGCCCAAGCGCUGAGCCUCUUUUGCAAGUACUCGGACGACUACGUCGAGCUGCUUCUCAAGGAGUGUCCCAUGGCGCUGAUUGCCAAGACGAUGGCACUGCACCCAAAGGAAGAGCACUUCCAACUGCACAUGUCGGUCGUGCAAGCGAGCUUAAAGUACGCACUACAUUCUGCUCUUGCAUCGCACAACGUGAUGCACGAGUAG